UUAUAUCGUGAACACAUAUACACACAUUAUACAUUAUUUUACAUUUGAGAAGCAAGAAGCGUUUGCGAAACGUGAUCAUCAUCAUCAACGUUAUUAUUUUUAUUUGCACGCUCUUUUUUACCCUUCCGGUCGCACCCUCGCAGGGGGUCUCACCUGCAAUCAAUCGCCGAUACAGGGCGAAAGAUUUACCGAUUCAGAAUUGAGGAACAAGAACAGUGCGCGCGAGUGGGAUCGAGUUACUUGACAAUAUUUAUUUUAAGUGUUUCUUUUCGUUCGUCCUUUGAUUUUUUACUGUGCGGUGGUAAAUAAACGGCCUCAAAAUUGAUCUGGAUCUACAUCGGCAGGCCACCAACGGCCACUUCAUUAGGUCGACGAUGGGCGACGGAGGUUUCAGUGCAGCCGAGGGGCUCUCGAGGAUGGCUUCACUGGGUGGAGCCGGUAUCGGGAUGCCCCAAGGGAUGUCCGUUCCUCAAGGGAUGGCAAAGAAACAAGAGGAUCAUAUCAAAAGACCCAUGAAUGCGUUCAUGGUUUGGUCGAGACUGCAGAGACGAAAAAUCGCUCAGGAGAAUCCUAAGAUGCACAACUCAGAAAUCUCCAAGAGACUUG